GGAUCAGGGCAUUCAAUAGCCGAAAGUGCAUCUUUUCAGUUGGAAGAAUGCUUUUCAGUGGUGUCGUCUUCCUAGUCCCCCCGAUUGUUUGUUCCUCUACUAUAGCCAUUAUUUACAAGCACGGAGGACACGUUGUCUAUACCUUCGACGACAGCGUCACUUGCGGCAUUCAAGCUGCUAGCGCAAUCGAUGAGUCCUGCAUCAAAAGUCUUGAGGGUGCCAAUGAUAAUGCCCAACGGAUGCAAAGGUAUCUGCGGCUCAUGCAGACACUGAACAGUUUUCCAAGUAUCGACGAAUUUCGCCAUAAUCGUUUAUUUAUUGUUUACGAGUGUUGGGUUGUGGAGAGUGCGUUGCUUGGCCAGCGUCUGCCGUUGCACCCGUUGGAUACGCAACACGUGGCUUACCAUCCUUUCAGCAUGCACGGCUUAUCAUUCACGACCAGCCAGCUUCCGAGGUCUAUAAAGGCGAAUGUCGUCGCGGCUCUUCAGUCCUGCGGGGCGCAUUACACCCCCCAUUUGGACGGUCGCACGCAGCUUGUCGUGUACUCAAGGCUCCUGGGGUCGGGGGGCACCACUGGGCCCCAACCGCGGUCUGUGCAAUGGUGUGCAAUUGAGCAACCGAGCGGGGAAGUUCUGAAGAGAAAUUCGCCAAAGUUCCAGGAAAAGGCUUUACUCAGGGUAGAAGGGAGCUGCUCAAGGGGUGCGGUGGUUUGCGACCGUGAAGACGUCGGUUCGAACUUAGGCAUGCACCGCAGUAAGUGGGAUAUUGCACAAGUAGCUCGCAUUCCUUGUGUAACACCGAGUUGGGUCGAGUUGUGCGUACGGUUAGGUCGUCGCCUCCCUUUAACAUCAGAAGUCUCUUGCACUUCCUUCAUCUCAGCCCUCUUGCACGCAUCCUCGGUUGCAUUGCCCAAACGCCCGCGUGAGGAGAGGUUAUUUUAUGGGGAUUCAAACUCUGAACAGAUGAAGCUUGCCAGAUGAGAUCACGAUUUCUAACUUAUUGACAAGUUUAUAAAUCUGUCAUUUUUUAUUCCUUCUGGCAGUAAGGUAUCGAGAAGGUUGUUUAUAUAGAUACACACGUUUCCAUACGUUUUUUCAUAGAUCACAAAUAUACAAUAAUAUGAAUAGAAGAGCCCCAAUCAAUGAUGAUGAACAAAUUGGGAAAAAUAGAUACAAUUUACGUGUUUGCAGCAUUUUUACAAUAUAUUUAUAUAUAUACAUAGAAAUAGAAA